AUGCUUACUCUAAAACUAUUUGUUUACACGAUAGUGAUAUUCUUUGUUUCUCUUUUUAUCUUCGGAUUCCUAUCUAACGACCCAGGACGUAAUCCUGGACGUGAAGAAUAA